AUGUGGUAUGCUCAUUUCGAUGGACAAUGGGUUGUACGUCAGAUAGAAUUACAUCCUAACAAAAAACCUGUAUUACUUCUUGCUGGCCGAGAUGAUAUGGAAAUGUGUGAGUUGUCUCUUGACGCAACGCAGUUGACAAGGAAAAAAGGUGCGGAGAUAACAGCUAUUGAAUUUGAAACGGUGUGGCAUCAGUGCGGUGGAUCAGUAUAUCACGUCCGUCUCAACAUGAAAUAA